UUACUUAUAACAUUAUUACAGGUAUAAAAGGAGCUUUCAUGUGCUGGUCUCCGAAUGAAAAUCCAGAAUGAAUCGAGGGAGAUAGACCUAUGGCCUAUAUUAUAAGCUUAUCUUCACGCCUGAGUGCAUUCCGGGUUUUGUCCUCACCCGGUACACGAUUCCGCCCCUUGUCCUUGGAGAUCCCUAAACCUUUGUUUCCAGUGGCCGGUUUCUCCAUCAUAUACCAUCACAUUGAAGCAUGCAGCAAGAUUCCAGACAUGAAGGAGGUGAUUUUAAUUGGCUUCUAUCAGCCAAACGAUGCUCUCACUAAAUUCAUCCACUCAGCUCAAAAAGAAUUUAAGUUACAAGUGCGGUAUCUGCAAGAAUACACAGCGUUGGGCACAGCUGGUGGACUCUACCACUUCCGAGACCAGAUCCUGGCCGGGAACCCUGACUUCUUCUUCGUGAUGAACGCCGACGUGUGUGGAGACUUCCCACUUAAGAACAUGUUAGACCAGCACAAGAAAAGUCCCGCCAGUAUCUGUGGUACAAUAUUAUGUACCGAGGCUACGAGGCAGCAAUCUCUCAACUAUGGCUGUGUGGUCGACAAUAAAGAUUCCCACGAGGUCCUCCAUUAUGUGGAAAAACCUGAGACAUUUGUUAGCACGGCAAUCAACUGUGGUAUAUAUCUGUUUUCACCGGGAGUCUUCGAACCGCUACAACAAAUCUUCAAACAACAUCUUCAGGAAAACUACAAAUUGAACUCAUGUUCUGUAGCGGGAAUGUGUGAUGGGACGGCCUUCACAGGAUGCUAUGACCCAAAUUUACCUUCUAAGGAGAUGAUUCGUCUAGAGCAGGAGAUUUUUAUACCACUCGCAAACACAGGCAAACUGUAUGCUCACCACACUGACCGAUUCUGGAGUCAGAUCAAGUCCUCAGGAGCUGCUAUUUACGCAAAUAGACAUUACCUGGCUAUAUAUAGAACUAGUCACCCGGAGAGGCUUGCUAAAAGCAAAGAAGAUUGUCCUACAGUCCGAGGAGAUGUGUAUAUACACCCUACGGCACAGGUCCAUCCCACAGCUGUGCUGGGACCUAAUGUGACAAUCGGAAAACACGCCACAGUUGGAGAGGGAGUCCGUGUGAGAGAGUCCAUCAUCCUGGAGGGAGCUUCACUUCAGGACCACUGCUGUGUGCUGCACAGUGUGAUAGGCUGGAACAGUACGGUGGGUCUGUGGACACGGAUAGAGGGAACACCAAACGACCCCAACCCCAACAAACCCUUCGCCAAGAUAGAGACCACCUCCACAUUUACUUCAGAGGGCAAACUUAAUCCCUCUAUAACUGUUAUAGGAUCCAAUGUAACAGUACCAUCCGAAGUGAUGAUCCUGAACUCCAUCGUUCUGCCCGACAAAGCUCUGAGCGGCAGCUACAAGAACCAGAUCAUCUUGUGAUUCAGAUUCUCAUAAAUACUUUGAGCAUUUCCAAACUGGACCUCUACCAGAACUGGAUCUGUAUCCAAAAUGGACAAUCUUGCAUAAUUAUAUAUAUUUAUUCAUAUCAAAAAGGGUUUCAAAUAUACUUGCUUCUAACAUACAUCACAGAUUAAAGGUUUUUCAUG